GGUGUUGCCUUCUUCGCAAGCCUUGUUCGGUGUAGUGAGUAGCGUGAAUCGAAGCUCCGAACAUGGCGGCGAGUGAUCGUACAGUGUUGCAGUUCUCCUCUUCAUCUUCUUCUUCGCAGAGCUUGUCUGCCAAGGUCCACCCUCUGGUUAUCUUCAACAUCUGCGACUGCUACGUUCGACGCCCUGACCAAGCUGACCGCGUCAUCGGAACCCUACUCGGUUCCGUCCUCCCCGACGGAACCAUCGAUAUCCGUAAUUCCUAUGCUGUCCCUCAUAACGAGUCUGUCGACCAGGUUGCUUUGGAUAUAGAGUACCAGCACAAUAUGCACUUAUCUCAUCAAAAAGUGAAUCCAAAGGAAAUCAUCGUUGGAUGGUAUUCAACUGGUCUUGGUGUAACUGGUGGUAGUGCAUUAAUCCAUGAAUUUUAUUCUCGAGAAGUAUCCAAUCCCAUACAUUUGACCGUUGAUACAGGAUUUACGAAUGGGGCGGGUACCAUUAAAGCAUAUGUGUCUAACAAUUUAUCUCUUGGAGAUCGGCAAAUUGCUGCACAGUUUCAAGAAAUUCCCUUAGAUCUUCGUAUGGUGGAAGCUGAGCGAAUUGGAUUUGAUACCCUCAAGGCAACUGCUGUUGACAAAAUUCCCUCCGAUUUAGAAGGGAUGGAAGCAUCAAUGCAACAUCUUCUAGUCUUGAUUGAUGACAUCUACAAAUAUGUUGAUGAUGUGGUGGAAGGGCGAGUUGCCCCAGACAACAAAAUCGGGAGAUUUAUAUCAGAUGCUGUAGGUUCCCUUCCUAAAUUACCCCCAUCAGCUUUUGAUAAGCUUGUGAAUGACAGCUUGCAGGAUCACUUGCUGUUGCUAUAUUUAUCUAGCAUCACUAGAACACAACUUAGCUUGGCCGAAAAAUUGAACACAGCUGCACAGAUUCUGUGAAUCUUAAGAAGAGAGUUUAUGGGCGAUGAGAAAAUUUUACGACAGCAGUGUCCUUUCUUGUCAUAUUUUCCAGAAACGUGGAAUGUCAGCCAUUUAUACUUCAUUUUUAGUUUUGCUAUAUUUUGUUCCUAUUUUUCAUAUUUUGUGCUUGGCAUCGCAUGGCAUAGGUAGGUUUUCUUCGAUCUUGUCCAAGGUUGCACCGCACCGUAGUGUUCACUUGUCAAUUGUCAUGUAAUAUGUUAUAUUUGAAAAGAAAUGAGCGAAAUCAUUUCCUCCUUUACCUAUUUAUCUCUUAGCGCUUCUGAUUAAAUAGUCUGUCAAUUGUCAAGUUUUUUUAAUAAAAAUUAUCCAACUAUUAAUUUUUAUUUUAAAUGAAUUAUUAUUUU